CGUCUACUUUCCGACAAGUCCGGUCCUUGACAUCUCAACUAGUUGGUUGACAACCUCAUACGAAUGCACUAAACAGCGCGCUGUAUUUUCUCCCAUCGUGCCACCGUUGUCUGCCGUUUCCGUGUACACGGUGCGCCGCUUACGACGCCUUGGACCAAGGUCCAAUUGGCAUGUUAGGCUACUCUUUCUAAGCUUCUGCCAACAUUUGCUCAGCUUUGGCGACCUACCCACACCUUGUCAUUGGGCAUAUUUGUGCACGGUAUAAGAAACAAACAUCAUAUCCCCAGUCAUUCGCUUAGUUGAUAUCAACCUGCUCCGUCAUAAUGCCGGUGCCGUUUCGCAUACCCAUACCCAUUAAUGGCGGCGGGAGUUAUGAGCAUGCGACUCUGCCGAUACUGGUGUCGCGAGAAGGACAUGAUCCAUCACCACAUAGCUCUCGCAGUAAUGAUGACGACGAGGGAAAGUCACAAACAAUCAUAAUCGUUAUUGUUUUUAUAAUAGCAGUUAUCAUUAUCAGCGCCGGUGGCUUUGUAUUCCUGAAGCGUCGAGCCGAUAAGCACCGACGCCAACUCCGACAGGGUGGUCAUCUGGAGCCUUAUAGUAGUACAACAUCCAAUGGCCGCCGCCUAGGCUCUGGUAAUGAUGUAUCGGAAACAAACCGAAACAGUACUGCCUCGAAUAUCGAUCGAAACACCUCCAUCCGCUCUAUCAUGACUUUACCCAAAUACAGGCACGCGGCAAACGAAGACGAGCAAGUAUUGGGGCGUGAGGGCGAGCGAGAUGGUGUCGACAUCAUUCUUGAAAUGCCCUCGGACGAGCAGCAUGAGGCAUUACGCGACGAAGAAAUGGAGACCAUGUACCAAAUCAGACUAGCGAGGAGACAACUGAAUGCAGAACGUGAAGAGAGACGACGCCUCCAACAGGAAGCUAGGGACCGUGGUGAUUUAGUGGCAUUGGAAGAGUUGCGUGCUCGUCGACGUGCCGAAAACGAGGAUACAACCAUAGAUGACCUACGAGACGCGCAGGGACAAAUCCGCACUCGCCGAGAACGUGCCGUCUCCAGCGUCAGCUAUCAUGAUCUCGGUGUUGCGCGACACGAUGGGUCUCGCAUUCGUGCGAACAGUACAGAAAGCGAGCGCGUUGGGCUAUUGUCGGACGCUGCGAGCAUAGCGGUAUCUACGCGCUCCCCAUCCGCCAUGUCAGGCCGUCGAGUCUCGGACAUAGGGAGUAUUGCGAUGAACACGCGCUCGCCCUCAGCGCAUUCUCAUCACCGCAUACACAGUGUUAGCUCCGUUGUGAGCCUCGACAACAAUGGCGAGGUGUCACCUCGCUCUGGCGCCACAACGCCACAGCUUGGUGGUGGACGAUAUACGCGUGCCGGCUCAAGCCCCGAGAUCGUAACGGAAGCCGACUUGGGCGACAGCGAUAUGCCACCCCCUGAUUAUGAAGAUGUUACCCUUGACGAUGUGCGCUGUGGUGCUACAACGCCAAUGUUUCAUGAGCCCCCGCCGGACUAUUCGGGUCACGGUCACAGAAACAGUGAUAGUGAAAGCGGCGAUCUCACGAACCCGAGUCCGACCGAUGACGACAGGAGUAGACGUUCCUCGCACCGGUCAUCGCGGGGUGUAGGUGGUGUUCCGCAGCUUCCGAGUCUGAGAAUCAGAGAGCUUCCUCAGAUUGUGAUUGAACCUUCGACUGCGCACCCCGGCGAGCCUGCCCGGUAGUUUGUACUUACGGCUACCUGAACCUUCACCUGGAACUCAGUCAGGGGCCAAGUGGCCGAAAAGGCAACGAGCAUGGGGAGAGAAGCAGAAUUAUGUACUACUCAAAUAGGCAUGGGCUUCCGUCUCUCCUUGGUCUGCAUAGACCAAGAUUUACUGUAUAAAUGAGAAUCUCAUGUGAUGAGAUCCUAAC